UACAUUUGGCACAAUACAGUCAGGCAAGUACAUUCUCCUGACAGCCACCAAACCCAGGCACGGCGAUCGGAUUGCCAGACAGAGAAGUGUGAUUUGUCACUCCAGAGAACAUGUCUCCAUGCUCUAGAGUCCAGUGGCAGCAUGGCGACUUUGCUGUUGUUCCCAGUUGCUUUCACUUUGUUUAUAAUACCACUAACAGUUGACCGUGGAAUAUUUAGUAGCAAGGAAAUUUUCUUAUUGCACAUGUGGCAACCUAGAACGGUACCACACUUGAAUUUACUGAGCUCCUGAGAGUGACCCAUUCUUUCACAAAUGUUUGUAGAAGCAGUCUGCAUGCCUAG